AUGGAGCUCGUUAUUGGAUGUGUGGGCAAACCAAGUGCUGGUAAAUCAACAUUCUUCAAUGCUGUGACUGAUGGCAAAGCAAAAGUAGGAAAUUAUCCAUUUACAACCAUUGCACCAAACGAAGGGAUCACGUAUUAUAUGACCCAAUGUCCAUGUCUUGAAAAGAAUAAGACAAGAAUUUGUACACCUCGUUAUGGAAAAUGUCAACAGGGUAUACGGUAUAUACCUGUUAAGCUUUUAGAUGUAGCAGGUUUAAUACCUGGAGCUUCAGAAGGUGCAGGACUUGGUAAUAAAUUUCUAGAUGAUUUACGUCAUGCUCAAGUUCUUUUGCAUAUUAUUGAUGUAUCUGGUCAUACAAAUGAAAAAGGUGAAGAAAUGGUUGGCUAUGACCCUAUUAAUGAUGCCGACUGGCUCGAGAUGGAAAUUCAUCAAUGGGUAUUUACAAACCUUUGGAAACGAUGGACUUCAAUUGCUAGAAGACAUGAAGCGACUAAGAGUAGUUUACAAAACACUUUUGUUGGACAAUUAUCAGGUUAUGGAGCGACGCCAACGCUCGUGAGCAAGAUGCUGGAUCGGCUAAGUUUGAAAGAACCACUUAAUCUCUUGAGUUGGGCAGAAGAAGAUGUGCACAAGUUAGUCAACGUGUUCUUGGAGGUUCGUUUUCCAACGGUAUUGGUGCUUAAUAAGGCUGAUCAGGGUGAUGAUACAGACCGUAAUAUUGAGAAGAUUGUCGAGAAAUACGGCAGUGACCGCUGCUUCGUAGCUAGUGCAGCUGCAGAAUGUUUCUUGCGAGCAGUCAGCAAACAACGUUUCAUUCGUUACGAGCCAGGCUCGAUGUUCUUCUCAACGCUAGAAAAUGACGAUGAGGUGCAAGCUAAAGCGGAUGCAGACAAAGGCUUAGGACCUUUGAAACCGAUUGAGAAAAAAGUAUUGAAGCGGUUAGAACGCAUUUCCGAUAUGGUGCUAUUCCGCUACGGCAGCACCGGGGUUCGGGCUGCAAUUAAUGCUGCUGUCGAGAUGGCUGAUGUAGUGGUUGUUUACCCGGUGAAAUCGUUAAAGAGCUUUGCCACCAACACGACACCGGGAGCUACGAAGAAGGGGAUAUUUGCUGAUGCUGUGAUUGUGAAACGCGGAACAACAAUCAAAGACCUCGCCUUCCGUGUCUCUCAAUUUUUGGGAACUAACCUUGCUUAUGCCGAAGGCGAGGAUGGACGAAGGCGUGCUGAAGAUGAACCCAUUACGAGCAAUAACACUAUCAUCAAGUUUACAACGACCAUCGCUUCGUCGACCUUAGCGCCUUCUGAUACUUCUGCAGCUAAUAAGGACAGCAAAAAGGGUGGUAAGAAAGAAAGAAAGCAAGACGACGGCUGGUGUCGCUAG